AUGGCUCCCCAUAUCUCUUCUUCCUCCACUAAUGAAAAACCUUUUAGCAUCUCCCAGAUCAAGGCUUAUAUCCCUAUAACCCUUGAUAUGACCAAACUUAGCUAUCAAGUUUGGCGAGAGUUGUUCGAAUCUCACUGUAUCUGUUUUGGAGUUCUCAGUCAUCUUGACGUUGCCUUCGUUCCUACCCCUGAAACCGAAAAAGAAUGGAAGGAACAUGAUGAUUUGCUUAAGAUGUGGAUCUAUGGAACCAUAUCGGAAUCAAUCCUCGACACCGUACUCAAAACCAAGUGCUCUGCUCGUGAUCUGUGGCUCACAAUCAAAAAUCUCUUCCAAGAUAACAAGGAGGCUCAAGUUUUCGAACUUGAGAAUGAACUUCUCACUACCGUCAUCGGGGAUCUUACUGUUCACACCUACUGCCAGAUAAAGACUCUCUCCGAUCAGCUUGCCAAUCUUGAAUCACCCGUCUCAGACCGCACACUUUUUAUGCAUCUUCUCAACGGCCUAUCCAACAAAUUUGAUAACAUUAUCAAUGUUAUUAAACACAAAUCCCCUUUCCCACAGUUCAUUGAAGCUCGCUCGAUCCUCACCAUGGAAGAUAAAUGCCUUACAAAACCAACACCACCAACACUCGUCAACCACAACACGGCUUAUGCUCAUGCCCUUCUCUAA